AACAACACUCGCCACCAUCCAUCAGUUCCCAGAAAAUCAAACCCACCGAAACAAAAUUUAAAAGAAAGAAAGAAAGGGAAAAGCACAGUUCUGGCAACCCAAACAAUCUGCAUUCUGAUUUCAGUCCGAUCUCGAGAUCGUACAGGCAAGCCAAGAGGUAAAAAAUGGUUCACUCCUACACACCCACGUACUACUCCACCCUCCACGACUCAAUCACGUCGCUCUGCAAAACAAUUCUUCCUUUUUCGUUGAAGAAGCGGCGCUUGCCGGCGGCCGAGCACAGGCUGGCGAAGAUGCAGUCCGAUAAUCUGAAAUGGCAGCAGGAUUCCUUCCACCAGAUCUUGAAUUUAAUGGGUCUCCACAAGGAAGGCAUUUUGGCUGAGGCAGAGGUUGCUGCUUUUCGAUCUCAUUUGCUCGAGAAGCUUAUUGCUUCUCCGGCUGAGCAGGAGCAGCAAGUCAUAUUAAAGGAUAAGUUGGUGUUCUUGCAGGACUUGCUUUACGCGAAAUGCAUAUCGGAGGAGGAGUACCAUUGUUCAAAGAGGCCAUUGUUGCAGAGAUUAGCAGUUCAAGGAGCUGAGAUUGAGGUCAGGGAUGUUGUUGUUGCAGGGCCAAAACCUAACCAGAAAGAGAAUUCCGAUGAAGAAUGGUCGGAGAUCGAUUUGAAGGACGAGAACACGCACAUAAUCAACAAAGAGAAUUCACAUUCCAAAAACAAAUCAAAGCAUAGCUCUGCAAUGAAGCAGAUCAAAGGAGCAGCCUCUGUUUUUAGCUUCGUGACGUCUCAUAAACCUGGUAAAAACAGAGCAGAGCAAAGCAUUUUUGAUAUCGAAUCCAAACGAUCUGCGUCUUCUAAGAACGAAACCGUCUGUGUUGGGGAAAACCCAUUUGACAAGUCGAAUAAAGAAAGCCAAAAGAAAUUGAUUCUUAUGCAAGAAGCAGUUCAAAUAGGCAGCAGUGAGAAGACCAAAAGGAAACCUUUCAGGACUCUGUUUAAUAAAGAACAGAGUGAUGGGCAGGGAGGUUGCGGUGGGACUGGUAAUGAGGAGAAAACUCAGAGAUCGGGCAAAAAGCAAUGGCGUUUUGAUGGGUUUCGUAGACGGAAUAGAAAUGAUUCGGAGGAGGAGACUACUCCUUUGCCUCUCGAUGAGAGAUCAGACAGUGAAGCUUAUUUUGAAUCUUGCAAGCUUGUAUCUAGUCCCAUUGGGGAAGGACCAGACACCAAAUUGAUCAAGAGGAAGCUGCAUGCAGAGGGUUCUGCACCAGAUUUUUUCAUUGAUAAGGUGUUGGGAGAGAAGAUAAAGAAGGAGCUUUCACGAAUUCAGACAGAACUUAAUGCUACAAAUCCCAAUCUUAAGUUUUCAAAUUCAUAUAUACUUACCCAAGUUUUGUGUUCCUCACAAAAUUCAAUCAGGAAUGAUCAAAUUGAAGCAAUCUCCACCAAGCUCCCUGUUGACAAGGCUGAUCUGAACAAGUUUUUUCCCAAGUCAUGGUGUGAUAGAUAUGGCGAAGUUGUGCUUGAUGUGGUGAAGAAAGAGUUCAAGGAGCAUGUGGGAGAGAUGGAGAGCAUGCGAAACGCAGCAAGAGAGAAACAAAACGGCAGCUCAAUGAGAUGGACAACAUUUGAAGAAGAUGAUGAUGAUGAGAACUGUCACCCAAAUCUUUUUGCAGCUCACCACCAUGAUUAUGAUCAUUCAAGCUCAACAAAGCAGCCCAGGUUCAGUAGUACCCCAUGGAAUGAAGAUUCAGCUUCCAAUUAUCACGGCCAUGGCCGUACUGGUAGGAGCUUUGGGUAUAAUAAUCCCUUCUUCCAUGAUUACAGCAGAGAAAAUCAAGAACAACAGAACCCUUUCUGGGUAACACCUUGAUUUUCAUUAUAUAUAUAUAUAAUGAAGAUCAGAAUGGUUUCUGGAUUUUGAAGUUAUGGGUCUUGUUUCUUUCUGGGUUAGACUUGAAAAAAGCUGGCUGCAGC